AAAUAAAUGUCUUAAGAAAGGCUUUUAUAAGGAGAUUAAUCUUAGCCUAAUGUUCUUUAAAACUAGCAAAAAAAUUUGUAGUAAGGGAGUGGAGAUGAACAUUAAUUUGAUGUAUAAGAAAAUGAGAAGGAUGAACUUUUGAAAAAGAUUGAAUAGCUUGAAUAAAAGUUGAAGAAUACGAUAGAUGACAAACCUUAUAGUGAAUUGAUUCGGAUAUUAAUAUGGGAAGCCUUAGGAACAGCAUUUUUUGCAUAUGGGAUAGUAUGUUCAAGAGGAAAUGAUGUAAUGUUGAGUGUAUAUUUAUUUGGAGCAAUAUUUUUAAUUGGUAAGAUUACUGGAGGACAUGUUAAUCCUGCAGUAUCAAUGUCAUUCUAUAGUUCAAAUGAGAUUAGUGCAUUUACAAUGAGAAUAUAUUGGGCAGCAUAAGUAGGUGGUGCAAUAGCAGGUGCAUUAGCUGCUUUUGUUAUUGUUGGAAGAGUUACAUCCCCAUACAUAGAGACCUAACCUAUUGAGUGGAUGGUAGCUGAUUUUUGUGGAGAAGUAUCAUUUUAUAUUAUUUUAUUAAGGCCUUAGGAACAUUUAUUUUUUGUUUAUUUAUUCAUAUACAAGUACAUCCAUAAACCUAACUUACUGAUAACAAUUUAAUAGGAAUUGGAAUUAUAGCAACAGCAUUAUAUUUUGGUAGGAUUUUAACAUAUCAUACUGGAGGUAAAAACAUUUAUCCAUUCUUUAUUUAGGUUGUUUGAAUCCAGCUAUGGGAGUUGGAUUAGGCAUUUUUGAGUCUCUUUAAGAUGGCAAUUGGGAUCGUAUGAUUAAUAUAUGGAUCUAUAUAUUUGGCCCCUUUUCAGGUGCCUCUUUAGCUUCAGAGUUUUAUAGAAGUGUAUAUGUAGGCUUAUUGCCUAAGAAAUAAUGAUUAUUAAAUUUAAUAU